CCAAACAAAACAGCCGCAAACUUAAUAAAAAAAUCCAAAACCUCUCUUAAACCCUCCCAACACAAAUUUUGCAACCUAACCACUUCACACAUGACACAACAUAAAAACAACAACAAGUAGGAACCAAACUACAUGCUUCUUCAAUAGCUAAAACGCAUGAAGACUAAUAACAACGUUUCUGGAGAGAGGAAAUCGCGGAAGAGACGCAGUGGUGAAAGUGAUUCUGUGGAGGACACACUUGAAAAGUGGAAGGAGUACAACAGGCAGCAACAACUUGGCUCUAGAGAAAAUGGGGUGGAAGUGAUUCACAAAGUUCCUGCAAAAGGGUCGAGAAAAGGAUGCAUGAGAGGAAAGGGAGGGCCUCAGAACUCCGAUUGCAAGUUCAGAGGUGUGAGGCAGAGGAUUUGGGGUAAAUGGGUUGCCGAGAUUCGAGAACCUAUCAAUGGCAAGCUUGUUGGUGAGAAAGCAAAUAGGCUUUGGCUUGGUACUUUCUCCACUGCACUUGAGGCUGCUCUUGCUUAUGAUGAAGCAGCUAAGGCCAUGUAUGGCCCUUGUGCCCGUUUGAAUUUUCCCGAGCCAAUAGACUCUAAUGGAUCAUCAUCUUCUAGUGGAAGUGAUAAAAAAUCACCAAGUGGUUCUUCGGAGAAUGGUGGUGAUGUUGCAAUAGCUGAGGAGUUGGAGGUGAACCAUCGUCGGUGUCAUGAAGACAGACCAAGAUUUUCUAAGGUUGGUGUCUUUGAGAAAGCAGAAGAGAUGCCGGUUCUUUCUGUAGGUUGUGUGGCUGAUGACUCAAUAGAGGAGUUGAAGGAAAUCAGUAAUGGCUUUGAACAGUGUCAAACAAGUGAAGAAUGUAAGGCAACAUCUUUGAAUGAUGUUAAGUCUGAAGUACCGAGAGAAAAUGAAGGAAUAGAGAAAGAAUUGGAGGAGGUUUUGAAAAACUCUGGCAUAGGUGGAGAGGGUAGACACUUGCAGAAGGAGCCUAUGGAUAUACCUAUGAAUACAAGAAGUAACUUUUGUAGCUCUUCUGCCUCUUCGGAUGCUGCUACCAUUCUGAUAAAGAGUGAAGAAACAAGAGGAGAAUCAGUUGAAACUUUGAACUCUUAUGAGUUGAGCUGCAGCAACCAUUGCCUUGGAUAUAUGCAUAAUAAUAUGCUGCCAGAUACCAAUCCAAGACCAAAUUCUGAGACAUCUAUUGCAAAGAAACAUACUGAGGAAGUAAUUUCUGAAAUCCUGGGACUAAGUCACAACAAGCGCUUGAAGAUUAGCCAUAGUCAAUCACCAAAUGAGCAAUAUAGAAGAAGUGAACAUUUUGAUGAGAUGAAAACUAGGCUUAAGGGUUUGGAAUGCAAGCUGAGAGCACAUUCUAUUCAUUACAAGAAUCAGGCACCAAUAGUAGGGGACUCCAAUCAUCCUUCUAUGCAGGGAAUUCAUCUCUUUGGUGGUGGCACAGUUGGACCAAUUGAAGGCAUGUCCCAAGUUGAGGCUUUGAACAACAUCAACACAAACAGAAAUUCACUACCUGGAUUCAGUUCUGGCCAUGGUAGGAAGUUGUGUGAUCUUUCUCAACAGCUGCACAAACUUGGUGGUUACCUUCCUGAGCAAUGGAAUAGUAUGCAGUUUCCAGACUUGGAUGCUGGUCAUGAUUAUAGUUUCUUAAAUCCUGAUUAUGAUUUUGGCUUAUAUGAAGAACAGAAGUUACUUGAUAUAUGCUUUCCACAUGUAGGAUCUUAGUAUUAUUAAAGGCUUACAGUGUUUGUUUUUCGCUUUGGUGGGGUUACUUAUAGCAUGUUUUUUUCCCCACCUUGGCUAUUCAAUAAGAUAUGUUUCUGUUCUCUUUCACUAUAGAGACUUUGUAGUAAGGAUUUUGUAUUAAGUCAUAAAUUAUAAAUGUUGAAGAACUAUGAUGAAUGGUGAUUA